CAAGCCCCCCAUUUCUGCCCUCAGCCAAUAAUAACAUAGCCCCUUUCUAUCUCUCUGUCAGAAUGGGGGCUCUCUUUUCUCCAUCUUCUUCGACAGGAAAAUGGCUAGGGUUUGUAACAGCCGUUUGGGUGCAAGCAAUAUCAGGCAACAACUACACCUUCUCAAACUACUCAGAUGCGCUGAAAUCCCUCAUGGGUCUGACUCAGCUCCAGCUCAACAACCUAUCCGUUGCCAAAGACAUUGGCAAGGCCUUUGGCAUCUUCGCCGGUCUUGCGUCGGACCGUCUCCCCACUCCUUUCAUAUUACUCAUAGGUUCCAUUGAAGGCUUUAUAGGCUAUGGAGUUCAAUGGCUCAUUGUCAGUCAGAAGAUCAAGCCCCUCCCUUAUUGGCAGAUGUGCAUCUUCUUGUGCAUGGGAGGCAACAGUACCACCUGGAUGAACACGGCCGUUCUCGUCACUUGCAUCCGUAACUUCAGCAAGAACCGUGGCCCCGUCUCCGGUAUUUUGAAGGGCUACGUCGGUCUCAGCACUGCAAUCUUCACCGACGUUUGCUCUGCCCUCUUCUCUGACAGCCCUUCCUCUUUCCUCCUCAUGCUCGCCGUCAUCCCCUUCCUUGUCUGCCUCACCUCCAUGAUCUUCCUCCGCGAGGUGGACCCCGCGGCCAACGCGGCCGACGAAAAGGAAGAAGCUCGCUACUUCAGCAUCUUCAAUGCCGUUGCUGUGAUCAUAGCCGUCUACCUCUUGGUGUUCGAUGUAUCGGGAAAGCACGGACCGGCCGUGUCAAAGGCGUUUGCCAUAGUCCUCCUCCUCAUGUUGGCCGCCCCUCUGGGGGUGCCCAUUUACAUCUAUCUCAAAAUGAAAUCAGUCAACAACUGCAAUUCUGACAUAGAAGGGAUACAAGGGCAGAUUUCCCAACCUUUGCUCAUUCAAGAAAAUCCAAUCCAAGAAGAAGAAGAACAACAACAACAACAACAACAAGUGGUUAUUGAAAGAGAAAUCAAGAAGAAGAGGAGGCCCACCAUAGGAGAAGAUCACACGAUUGUGGAGGCGUUGUGGACAUUGGAUUUCUGGAUAUUGUUCGUAUCGUUUCUUUGUGGAGUGGGGACGGGUUUGGCAGUAAUGAAUAACAUGGGACAGAUGGGGCUUGCGCUGGGAUACGUGGAUGUUUCCAUCUUCGUGUCUUUGAUGAGUAUCUGGGGAUUUUUCGGGCGUAUCGGAUCGGGCUCCGUAUCGGAGUACUUCAUCAAAAAAUCUGCGACACCAAGGCCUUUAUGGAAUGCUGCUUCGCAGAUUCUAAUGACCGUUGGGUACAUUGUCAUGGCCCUGGCAUUGCCAGGAUCUUUAUACAUCGGCUCUAUUGUUGUUGGCAUCUGCUACGGCGUUCGCAUAGCUGUCAGUGUACCAAUGGCAUCCGAACUAUUUGGUCUCAAAUACUAUGGUCUCAUCUACAACAUUCUCAUCCUGAAUCUCCCUCUUGGUUCGUUCCUCUUCUCCGGACUGCUUGCUGGAUUAUUGUAUGAUUCACAGGCAACAAAGACAGCCGGAGGAGGCAACACAUGUAUAGGGGCCCACUGUUACCGGCUCGUGUUCGUGAUGAUGGCAUUUGCAUGCAUAGUUGGAUUUGGAUUAGACAUUCUGCUAGUGUUUCGGACCAAGGGCGUGUAUUCCAGGAUUCAAAUGAGCAAGAAGUUGAGAAAAGUAGCAAAGGAGCCAGAAGCCAUUUAAAGCUGAAGUGUACCGUCUCCAAGUAUUAUUUUUGUUUCUCAGUAUAGCUACGUAAUGGUAAAUUUCUUUCCUAUCAACCGAAUGAGAAUUACUGGCAGCUUUGGCGUGGUUGUUUGAAUGGCUGACUUAGGGUAUGGGGGUCUUUCCCUCGCCGGGACAUAAUAUUUCCUUUUUUAUUCUCUUUUUUCUUUUUCUUUUAUUGAGGCUUGGAUUCUUUGUCUUGUUAGAUUCCAACAGGUGCAUACGCCUGGCCUGUUUGGAUACAAUCAGAUAAGUUACUUUUUAACUUAUUUUAAGUCAUUAAGUUACUUUUUACACUUAA